CUAAAGCAGAAAAAAGAAAAGAGGUUUCAGAUUGGGGUGAAGAAAUGAAAAGGAGAGGAAAAAUGAAAACUGAACAAAUGAAGACCGAAGAAUAAAAUGCCUGACAGAAAGGAAUAGCGUAUACUGAAAACAGAAGAAUGAAUGAGUCCGAAUCCCGCUCGCCAUCCAAAUCGGAGCGGGGCAGUCCUGCCCAACCCAAGACGGGGAGCAGGUCUGGCUCUCCCAGCCCUUCCCGAGCAUCCAAACGUUCUGAAUCCAGAUCCCGCUCCAAGUCCAGGUCUCGCUCUCGUCGCCAUUCGAAUCGCCGCUACAGCCGCUCUCGGUCUCACUCCCACCGGAAGAAGUCUCGCUCUCACUCCAACAGCCCUGACUACCGACGCAGACGGAGCCAGAGCACAUCGCCCAUGUCUAGCCGCCGCAGACACACUGGCAGUCGGAGCUCAUACAGCCAUGACUCCAAAAAAGACUCACACAGUCAUGGUGAUGCCAGGGCCAAUCCAGACCCGAACAUGUGUCUGGGUGUGUUUGGUCUCAGUCUGUACACAACAGAGAGAGACCUGAGAGAGGUCUUCUCACGUUACGGCCCUUUGGCCGGUGUCAAUGUUGUCUACGACCAGCGAACGGGACGCUCUCGCGGUUUUGCCUUCGUUUACUUUGAGCACAUCGACGAUGCCAAAGAGGCAAUGGAGCGGGCUAAUGGCAUGGAGCUGGAUGGAAGGCGCAUCAGGGUGGAUUAUUCCAUCACUAAACGUCCACACACCCCCACACCAGGCAUCUACAUGGGUCGGCCCACACAUAAUGGAGGUGGGAGCAGCAGCAGCAGCAGUGGUGGCGGCGGCCGGAGACGAGACUCGUAUUACGAUCGUGGCUACGACAGAUAUGACCGUUAUGACGAGUAUGACUACAGAUACAGCAGGAGGCGCUCUCCGUCACCUUAUUACAGCCGGUACAGGUCUCGCUCAAGAUCUCGCUCAUACAGCCCACGACGAUACUAAGAAGAUCCUGAAGACUUCUUUCUUUUUGCCUGUUGCAUCGAGCUAUACAUUUAUAAAGACAUGUAAACUCACUGUACUAGAGAAAGAUUUGUUUUAUAAAUGUCUUAAUUUGUAGACUUCCCAGUAAGUGAGGUUUGUGGAGAGCAUAAAUACUGUUGUCAUGGGGUUUUAUGUGUGAGGUUUUUUUUUUUUAUUGUAGUGUGCUCGUAAGGCUUGAGUUUUCCUAUAUACUGGGCAUCUUUAAGCGGGGAUGUAUGUGGUACCUUGAGAGUGAGUGAGUGAGUGAGUGAGUGAGUGAGUGAGUGAGUGAGUGAGUGAGUGUGUGUGUGUGAGUGAGUGAGAGAGUGUGUGUGUGUGUGUGUGUGUGUGUGUGUGUGUGUGAGUUGCUGUACAUCUGUGAGGCAGAGCAUCACGUACUUGAGAAAGCAGGCUGAGAUUGCCUCUUUAUCUGUGACAAAAUACUUUUAUUUUCAGGAUUGUGUUGCUUUGUUUCUUUCUUAAGAAAUAAAGACCUUAAAAGAAA